AUGUCGAUUUCCCAUGAAAUACCACACAGCCCAUCUUUUUACUUGAUUGGAGAUGAUAUUUCGACUUCACAGUCGGUAAAACUUGAUCCACAAUGGAAACUUGAAGAUGUUAAACGUGCCGUUGGUGGAGUUUUCCAUGUGGCCCAGCCUUUAGGACUGUCUUUUCACGAAGGAGACGGCGAUCAGGAAAUUCUAAGGGUCGAGGAGCUUUUGUUAGCCAGCUCUUCUAGCAAGCUUAUUGGACUUCGUGUUGACGGACAAGCUGUUCAGAGCCCCCAGGGACCAGAAGGUCUACCUCUAGUCGGCAGUUUCUAUGAGAUUUUCCCAGACCAUCUCGGAAACCAUUACCGUCUCUUUCGCAAAUACGGCCAUGUCAUCAAAACGACCAAUAUGGGCAAGACCACAUACUUGACCGAUAGCCCGGAGGUUGCAGCUGUCGCGCUGGCCGAGUCAGUCUAUAUGACGAAGAAAAUCAACGAAAGCCACCCGCUUUGGGGUGUCAAAGACAACACUGCUAUUUUCAUCGGCGACACUGAGACCGAAAAUUGGCGCUUGGCCCAUCACUUCCUUCCCCCAGCAAUGGGCCCCAAGGCCGUGCGCCACUAUACACCAUUAAUGCAGGAAUGUGCGCGGAAGUCCUUUGCGGUCUUCGACGAGCUCGAUUCUCGAGACCAGUCGUGGAAUGUGUACCAGUACAUGGUCAAGCUUGCGUCGCAAACAAUCGGCAAGUUCUCACUCGGCACCGACUUCGAACACUUCAACAGUAUUGAUGCCCCACUGCAUCCCAUCGUGACCAACAUCGCCAGCCUGCUUUCCCUGAACAAAAAGAUCACAGCCCGCGGCGAAUGGUAUCGUCACCUCCCGUUCGGUGAUCCCGCGCGCCUGAAACAAGUCCAGCGGACGAUCUACUCUCUGCUACAAGAGCAAAUCGACCGAGUCAAAGGCUCAGGAAUUGCAGGUAUGCCAAUGAACGAGGCCGCCAUCAAUGCCUCCUGUGUCGUCGACUAUCUCUUAAACACAGUGGAUGAAAACGGCCAGAAGUUUCCUGAGGGGCUCAUCCUAGCAAACAUGCUCAUUGUCACCGGCGCUGGGUUCACGACGACUUCAGCCCUGAUGUCGUGGCUUAUUUACUGCCUAGUCAACUAUGAAGGCACGCAGGACCGGCUCUACAAAGAGCUUUGUGAGGCAGGCAUUGCCAGUUCCAAUAAACCGGUUGACUGGACGCCAGAGCUGGCUCACGGGCUGCCUUACCUAGACAGCUUUGUCAAAGAAACCCAGCGGCUGCAUAACGCGUCUUUCCAACCGGGACGCACCACCAAGGUUGACGUUGUUUUACCCGGUGGCUACCGCCUACCGCCAGACAGUGUCAUUGUCCCGGCAUUGUACGCAAUUCAUACCAACCCCGAGGUCUGGAGCGAUCCGUUCCGUUUUGACCCGGAUCGGUGGGCCGGGGAAGAAGUGAAAAGCAAGCACCGUUGUGCGUACAUUCCGUUCGCGACGGGUCCGCGAGGAUGCAUUGGGUUCAACUUCGCGCUGCUCGAGGUUAAAAUCUUGUUGUCGGAGCUCGUGUCGCGAUAUGAAUUCUUCCGGGAGGGUCUAGAUGCUGUAGAGUAUGAUCCGGAAUUCCAGUUGAUUCGGCCGCUGAACUUUUAUGUAAGAGCAAAGAAGAGGGCUGAAGUGUCUUGA